GUUUGAUUUUGUGCUUAAAAUACAAACUAUUAAGAAUGAAAUGGAAUGAUCUUGAGUAUUUUCAUGUCAUGAGUUUGAUGCCCUCAGCCCUGUAAAAUAAUUGUAUUGUAAUGAAAUAAGAUUGAAUUAGUGCAGGCGUAACUGAAAUCAAAAUGACGCUCUAUCAUUUUGGCAAUUGCCUUGCACUUGUGUAUGCCCCUUAUCAUAUGGCAUACAAGUUCUCCGGAAUAUCGGAGUAUGCUACGUUCUCAAAAUGUGUGUAUGCUGGAGGUCUGUACAUAUUCACUCAGCUUUGCAAGAUGCUGCUGCUGGCUACCUUCUUCCCGGACACCGACAACAGCCACAUAACCGGAGAAUAUAAUGUAUUUUUGGAAAUCCUGAAGGCGACAGUUGACUUUGCUGAUCUCUUCGGUCUCUACCUCGCAUUGAACUCAGUUCCAGGCAAAGGACAUGCAAAAAUCCUAACGGCUGCUAUUGGAUGGGCAAGUGCUGAGGUGGUGGUGACCCGCAGCGUGCUGCUGUGGGUGGGCGCGCGCGGGUCGGAGUUCGACUGGCGCUACGUGCGCGCCUGCGCCGAGUCCAACGUGGCGCUGCUGGCGGCGGGCGCCAGCGCGGCGCUGGUGUGGCUGUGGACGCGCUCCGACCUGCCGCGCCGCCUGGCGCCGGGCGUGGGCGCGCUGCUGCUGCUGGCGCCGUACCGCGCGCUGCUGGAGGACGCGCUGGGCGCGGCGCUGGCGCUGUCGGGCUGGGCGCUGCUGGCGCUGCGGGCCGCGCACGCCGCCGCGCUGGCGCUGGCCUCGCUCGCCAUGUACGCCGUGCUCGCGCAGCAGAUCGGCGUCUGACGACAUGCGGGCCCGACACCCAUGUGUGCUUUUAACUUAUUCCUAUUUUAAGUGUUAAUGAAUUAUGAAUGUGGUUCAAAGAAUACAAUAUUUGUAAAGUAAAUGUGUAAUACUGA